GGCUGAGCCUGGGUCUCCUGGAGGUAAUGAGUUAGCUGAUUCGGAGUCUCAUAUGGAAGAGUUGAGGUUGCUCGUUCGCCUUGGACAACCUUUUGGCGCACUUUUGCUAGCGCAGCAGCAUGUCGGGGAGUACAAGAGGAUUGCUUCGGAUCACAAUAUCAUCGCGCAAGUCAAGGACGUGACUUCUGUUGGUGACAUGACGGAUGUCAGGAUGCUAGAGAUAUUGUAGCUGUAUUCUUGUCGAAGAACGAGGAUCUCUGAUGCGUUU